AUGCCAAUUAACCAACACACGAACAACACCACCCACCACCAACACAACUACCCAUCACCACCACCCGUCUUCGCCAUCCAUCACAACCGCCCCCAUCCACCACCCACGAAAACCACCACCCAUCACAAUCAUCACCACCCAACACCGCCAACCACGACCACCAUCACCAUCGACCACCACCACCCACCAUCACCACCCGCCACCACCACCCCCACCCACCACCAACCGCCACUUCUACGCCACCCACCACGCAAUAGUACCCCCACCACCCACGACAACCACCACACACCUACCUGCACCACCCAUCACUACCACACACCAUUAUGA